CGGAGACCAAUAACAGUGGUAUUAAAAAUGGCAUCUUGGCAAUUCAUUCUAGUUGGCGUUUUAGCCGCCGUAGCUUUAACAUCAGCAGUAGAUUGUGAAUAUGAAGGUAAAACUUUCGCUGAUGGAUCUAAAUUUAAAUUACCAACAAGUGGUAAUUGUAUUGAGUAUACUUGUACAAAUGGUGGAUUUAAAACCACCAAAAAAGAAUGUGAACAGGGUAGUUCAUGCUUUCCACUUGGUCAUGAAAGUGUAAAUAAUUGUUAUACAACAGUUUGCCAACAAAAUGAUGAUGGAAGAAUUGGGUUUAUCAACAAAGAAAUAAAAUGUUCAGGUGACGAGGGAAAAUGUUUCAGUCCAGGAGAAGAAUUUACCAAAACUUAUCAAGGAACAGUCUACUCAAAGACAACAUGCACCGUUGAAGGAAAUGAUGUUAAUUAUGCUUUCCGUAAUUAAACUGUUAUUUAUUCAAUAAAUGAAAUAAAUGUACCUGAAAUGU